AUGUCUGCCGCUCCGAUUGUGCCGGCCACACGGGUUUUGGCCGUCGCGAGCCACGUUGUCUCGGGCUAUGUCGGCAACAAAGUCGCCGUCUUUGUGCUGCAGUCUCUGGGCUGUGACACGGCCGCUCUCAACACGGUACAGUUCAGCAACCACACGGGGUACAGGCAUUGGACGGGCACAAAGGCCACGGCGCAGGAAAUCAGCGACCUGUACCGCGGCCUCAAGGACAACUACAUCAACGACUUUGACAUGAUGCUGUCUGGCUAUAUUCCCGGCGCCGAGGGCGUCCUCGCCGUGGGAGACAUUGCCAAGGAGCUCAAGGCAGCCAACAAGGAACAGCCAGGCAGCUUCUUCUGGGUGCUGGACCCGGUCAUGGGCGACAAUGGCAACUUGUACGUGGCUGCCGAUGUCGUGCCCGCGUACAAGUCGCUCCUUUCCUACGCCGAUCUCAUCAUCCCUAACCAGUUUGAGGCCGAACUACUCUCAGAAGUCAAAAUUACAGACAUGGACAGCCUAGCCGCCGCCAUCCAGGCCCUGCAUGAAAAGCAUCACGUUCCGCACGUCAUCAUCACUUCGGUCAACAUUUCCUCGCCCGACAUUCCCGCAGACCAUCUCUGCGUCGUCGGCUCCACCAUGACGUCCACCGGCCGCGCCCGGCUUUUCAAGACCGUCUUCCCCAGCAUCGACUGCUACUUUUGCGGCACGGGCGACAUGUUUGGCGCGCUCGUCACGGUGCGAAUGCGCGAGGCCGUCGCCGCCACGUCCGGCGCCGGCGUCACGGCCCGCCCCAGCUGGGUGAGCGACGAUAGCGUCGCGGCCGUGGAUCUGCCGCUGGCCCGCGCGACGGAAAAGGUGCUCGCGAGCAUGCACGAGGUGCUCACGCACACAAAGGACGCCAUGCCGGGCGUCGUCGAUCGCACGCUCGCGGCCAUGACGGAGGACGAGCGUCGGGGCGACAAGCAAAAGAUGCUGGCGGGGAAGAAGGCGGCGGAGCUGCAGCUCGUCCGCAACUUGGACUGUCUCCGCAGGCCACAGAAGAAGAUUGAAGUCCGUCCGUUCUAG